AUGUCUUGUGUGUUUGCUUGUCAAAAAAUCGAGGUAUUCAUCGUUCUUGGAAGACACGAGUACUCGUGCGACGAAGAACUGCCGCGAAGUUGGCUCAGUGCUGUUCGGUCGCAGAAAAAUGAGAGAGAUGAAGUGCAGGGAAGUGAAUUACAUUCUCUGGUUGUUAAGACAGGUUUCGAAUCAGAUCUAGUUCUUGCUAGUUCUCUUCUGGAUAUGUACAACAAAGUUGGCUUAGUAAACUCAUCCAUGAAGAUCUUUCUUCACGUGGUCGGAAGAGAUUUAAUUUCUUGGAAUAGCAUGAUUAUGGGUUUAACUCGCAACGGAAAGGUAGUUGAGGCACUAGGAUUAUUCAUGAAAUUGCUUCAAGUGGGUCUCCCACCAGAUCGAAUAACAUUAUAUGCUGUGUUGCAAGCCUGUAACUAUGGAGGACUUCUCGCUGAAGGAAUGGCAACUUUUUCAUGCAUGGAGGAAGAUUAUGCAAUAAUUCCUGGGGAAGAACAUUAUACCUGUAUCUUGAACUUGUUGUGCCAAUCUGGAAAACUCCAGGAAAUUGUAGAUGUUGUAGAAAAGACGCCUUGUGAGCCCAAUUAUGAGAUAUGGGAUUUGAUGCUUCGGCUCUGUAGUUUGAGUGGAGACUUGGAACUCAUGGAAGAAGUUGUAGCAAGGAUGAUAGAAGUGGAGCCUCAGUCAUCAGCACCUUAUUUGAUCCUAGCUAGGGAAUAUGAAAUGAGGGGCAGAUGGGAGGGCAUUGUUCGAAUUAGGAUGGCUAUGAAAGAUAAGGGUGUCAGAAGGACAAUAGGAUAUAGUUUGAUUGGCAUAAAUAAUCAUGUAUUAGCUUUCAGGGGAGACCAGUUACAACAUCAUGGAGGUAUAGAUGUUCUAAGUUUACUCUCGAGGGUGAUUGAAAGACACGAUCCCUGGCAGGAUGGUUAUGUAGGUAAUGAAGAUCAUAUUGGUGCUUAACCAUCUUUUACACGGUCAAUUGUUUCAAUUUCACCCCAACAGUGCCACGAAUGAUGCCUGCUUAUGUCUAGCAUGCCACUUGGUAUUGUAUGCUGCAUUAAGCUCCAGGUUGAGAAGCUAAAUUGAUAACUAGUUACCAUAUAGAUUGAAUUCUUUUCUGGAAUAGUUUCUC